AUGGUUGCUCAGAACAGACCGAAAGCCUGUGGCUCUUGUAUAACGGCGAAGCGGAGAUGCGAUAAAGUCCGGCCGUUCUGUCGGCGAUGUGAGGACAGGGGGCUAGAUUGCCGAUAUCCGGCCCUGAUCCGGCGAACAGCAAAGGCAGGCCCGCCAUGGUUCCUCGCCCCCGAGACCUGGACCAUCGAACAAUCCACCCCCAGAGCUCCCCCCAUUCCCAUCCCCGUGUUCAGAACCUUCAUCCAGCAACUUCAGCAAUGGCUCCUCUACGCCAACAGCUUCUUCCCACCAUCCAUGCAGGACGCCUUCUCCGCCAUCAGCAUGCACCAGUCAUGUAACAGCUGCAACCAAGACAUGAUUGCCCGCAUCGUCCAGGACAGAGCAGAUCAUCUAGCACGUGUCCAGGCGCUGCUCAUCCACCAAAUCCUCCGCCUCUUCGACAACAGCGUAUGGCAACAGACUCACGCCGAAGAAGCCAUGCCCACGCUGCUCUCAUGGUGCCAGCAGAUGUGGGAUUCCGCCCCCCUGGACUGCAUCACCUCUCAGACGCCAGACUCUGUCCAAGACGCCGGCCAGCAACGCUGCGGAUCCUCAUCUCGAUUAUGGAGACUAUGGAUCCUAUCUGAGAGCGUCCGUCGGACAUGGCUUGCCGUCAUGAUCACCAUCUCAGCCUACCGCACGAUCAAGGACGGAUGGUGCGAGUGCGCCGGCGGCAUCAUGCUUACCGCACGUCGAUCCUCGUGGCUCGCAUCGAGUCCGUCCCAGUGGGAGACCAUAUGCAGGACAGAAGCUCCCCUCUUUGUGCCUUGCUUGGGCAACCGGGCGACGUUGGAGCCAUGCAACCCAAACGAUGUAGACGCUGGACUUUGCAUUCAGCUGUCUCACGUUAAUCUGGGGCCCUGA